AUGCAAGAUAGGAAAAAUGAUUCCUACACAUGGAUUUUACACCAUGCCAAAAGGUAUAAACUUGCUGCCGGUGUCUUGCUAAAUACCUUUGAUGAAUUCGAAACAGAUGCUAUUAAGUCUUUGAAGGGGAAUGAAUCAGGCAACCCACCGAUUUAUCCGAUUGGACCGCUUAUCAGGACAGGGGAGAAUGGCAAUGUAUCUGAUGAGUCGGGUUGUUUGAAGUGGUUGGAGGAUCAGCCACUUGGCUCCGUUUUAUUCAUCUCGUUUGGAAGUGGUGGAACACUCUCUAGUGAGCAAUUGACCGAAUUGGCUCUAGGCCUGGAAAUGAGUGAGCAAAGAUUUCUGUUGGUUGCUAGAAGUCCCAGUGAUAAGGCUGCAAAUGCAUUCUUCAAUCCCCAAGGUAUCAGUGAUCCUUUUGAUUUCUUGCCAGAAGGGUUCUUAGAAAGAACCAAAAAACUUGGUUUGGUUGUUGAUUCAUGGGCUCCUCAAGUACAAGUUCUUAGCCACACAUCGACAGGCGGCUUCUUAACUCAUUGUGGAUGGAAUUCAACACUUGAAAGCACAGUACACGGCGUCCCUUUAAUUGCAUGGCCGCUCUAUGCUGAGCAGAAAAUGAAUGCUCUAAUGCUUGAAGAUUUGAAGGUUGCAAUAAGGCCAAAGGCAGACGAACGAGGGAUUAUAAGACGUGAUGAGAUUUCUAGAGUUGUCAAGGGACUUAUGGAAGGAGAAGAAGGUAAGAAUAUUAGGAGCAGGAUGACAGAACUUCAGAGUGCUGCAACAAAUGUGUUACAGGAAAAUGGGUCUUCAGCUAAGUCACUUGAUGAAUUGGCAAAUGUAUGGAAAAAUCAGGCAACCGCAUAG